GGGGUUGCAUUGUUGGGAAUACCUAAAUUUAUGCUCGCAUUUAAUUAACACGAAACAAUCACGUACUACAAUUUUAAAGUUAUUAUACAGGAGUUCUGGUCGUACUGCAGGUCUGUUUGAUUGACUCUAUGAUAACGAGAAAAUACACAGUUCAAUUCAAUGUCUGCGUUGACUUUAGGUAAAUCCGGUCCAUCAGUUUUUUUGUAUUACGCUGCCGUUAAAAAUGGUAAAUAUGAACAAACUGUUGUAACCGUAAAGAUUUUUUUUAAAUAGCGCUACUUUCUGUAAAGUAAGUACUUUUCUGUACUUUCUGCUACUUUCUCCGCCCUCUACAUCCCUCCUCAGCUGGUUCAUUUUCGCGCACAACAGAGUUUCGACAUUUCCAGCUGCUCCUGAACGCAGCACAUCUCCUCCUGCCUGGUUAUCAGCAUGGAAAGAAAGGGUAACGUUGUUACUACUCCUCUUUUUUUUUUCAACACACCUGCUACUCGAAACACUUUGGAUUUUCCUCGGGAUAUUUGUCUCUUAUAUUAAUUCUCGCGUUUGUUUCUAAGGACUGUGACGAGCCACGUAACAGUUGAAAAGUAAAAGCAGACCAUGCGCUCUGCUCUCCCUCUGUGUGUGUAUGUGUGUUAACUGCAUGCUAGCUUUAGCCAUCAGACUAGCAUCUGGUGUUGGGCGAGUAUGCGCCAAAACUUUUGGCUUAGCUUGAGAAAAAUAUUAAAAAAUACCCCUAACGUUUUUAUUUGAAAUGAUAUGAGUGUUUGGUAUACUAAAUAUAAGUGCUACUCGCAGUGAAAAGCACAAUGUAAAUGAUAGCAGCUAACUAGAAAUGCUUCUCAAAGGAGUAACCGCCAAGGCCGGUUUACUCACUGCUGUUAUAGAAAGACAUUUUCCUCAACUUUGAAACCUGCUCGCAGGUACUGAUAAUACCUCCAACUAUGAGAUUUUACACCUGCGGCUCGGGUUUCACUGUGCUUCCUCUUAGAAACAGUCUGUAUAAAAAGCAACACAACUGCGGGGUUCAGGGGAUUCGGUUCUCAUCCACACUUAAAAUUUCUCUCUCUCCUUUUUCUAGUCCUCGCAAUGCAAGCAAGGAAGAAGAGGACAAAACCCAGAAAACCUGCCAAAAAGUAAGUCAAGCAUCCUCUGUUGUUUUUAAUUUUUAAGUUCAUUGUGCAGGAUAACUGAGGAGUACCGUUUGUUUGCAUUUUGUGGACGUAGAUGUUGCAGCCCAUUUGUUUACUGUCGUAAAAUAAUAUUGUACGCAGUUGUUCAAGUUACAGGAUGUUAUGUUGUGUUAUGUUAAUGUUAAACGAAUGUAUAAUUUUGCAUCUUUGGGAAGAUGCAGCCGCACUGUUUAUCUUCGCGUUUUUCAAUGAAACUCCCUUUAUUUUAUGGUUUCAUAAUGAUAAAAUAAAAACACAAAAGUGCUUUGACAGUUAAAUUCAUGUAUGAGUCUUUGUUUUGUAGCACAAUAGCUUAUCUGAAGUUGACUUUUACAGCAUAUAGGAUUGUACAUUUCCUGUAGACUAUAUUUCUCAAGUCUUUAAAUAGACACAAAUGAUUUUAUGACUUUCACUGGAAAUUCAGACACUUUAAAAGUUAAUAAAUGGCACAAAUGACCUUUUCCCACUAUGUUUAUUAAUCAGACAGUUCAUUUAGGAAUGUCUGUAAAAUGGUUGAUGUAAUAAAUCAUCACUAUAUAGUUGGCUGAUAUUCGUAGGUGACAAAUAUAGCCUCGCUAUCAAAUCAUAUUUAUCAUAUAUAUUACCAGUUGCUUGUAGUGAUGCACCGAUCUGCAUUUUUCACCUCCAAUACCGAUACCGAUAUCUACAGUUUAGUAUUGGCCGAUAACGAUCCAAUUCCAAUACAGAAAAGCCACGCUGAAUUAUCUUUUGUUGAAACCUGAAGUUCUACCACUGCCCCUCAGAACGUUUACUGCGCAGGUAUUGCAAGUGGCCAUCAACAUUGUAGGUUGAGGUAUUGUGGUAUAGUUUAAGAUAGCAAAACCCUUUGCUUGCUUCAUUUUGAAAACAAUGUGGGCUCAGCGUGUUUACUUGUGGAUGCCACUCAAGGCACAUAGCAUGGAGUUAGACUGAAUAGAUAGGCCCCUAUGCAUUGGGCCCAUUGUCACAAUACCCGAUCUAGAAUUUUUUUCAGUAUCGGGACCAAUACCGAUAUCAAAUAUCUGAUCAGUGCAUCCCUAGUUGCUUGAACAUCUUAGAAAUCACAUGAAUGUGAAACACAGAUUCUGUUUACUCGAGUCAUGCAUUUUGCAGGGUUGUUUUUAAGAAAUGUUAGAAAUGUCCCUCCCUCUUUUUCACUUGCAAGGGUUAAAAAUCCAGCUAGGUGGUCAAGUUUUUUUUUUUUCCUGUAACAGUUUAAGUUUAAUUCAGUUGACAUUUUCACAGUUUUCUCUGAUUUGCUGAUUUUAUUUCAGCAAUGAGAAAGCACAUGGUCAUUAAGACAUAGUGCUUUGUUUUGAAGCUCUGUGUAUCAUUGUUUUUACUUGUGUUUAAAUAUUACCCUUGUCUAUGGUUAGAAAUAUUCACAUGGGCCAGUCAGUGUUGACAUUUGCUUGCUCAAUGUCAGACUGAAAGAAAGAGCAGGUAAAAAGUUUACUCCAUUCCAUAUGAACAGACGUCAUUUAAAAGUAGAUUGUUUUAGAGAAGGAUAAACUGUAUAGGUGCAAUUAGUUCUCAAGCACUGACACCGCUGACUGAAAUGGUCAGGCAUUUUCUGCUCUGAGAUUGUCAAACUUAGAUUUGCACAGACUAACUAAAAUCCUCUUUUGCUGGAAAGUUUGCAAAAUUUUCUGUGGAUAGGUUUAGUAAAACAGUUCAUUUUUCCUCGCUGUUUUUGGUUAGAUCAUCAAAAUAGAUGUUCCUUUCUGUCAACAUUGUAUUCCUCCUUUUCUGAGGGUCCAGGUCUGGGGUUAAGCUUUUUUUUGUUAAAGUAAAAAGAACUCCAGCAAAAAGAGGGAAGAGCUUGGUUUAUAAAUCAAAAGCCCGUCUUCUUGAGAUUUGGAUGAAGUAGCCACCCUUUGCUCUUAAUGACAGAAGUUUGCAGCACUAUCAAAAAAGCAAAGGGUGGCUACUUUGAGGAAUCUAAAAUAUAAAACAUGUUUUCAGUUAUUUCACACUUUUUUCUUAAGCACAUGAUUCCACAUGUGUUCAUUCAUAGUGUUGAUGCCUUCACUGGGAAUCUACAAUUGAAAUAGUAAUGAGAAUAAAGAAAAUGCAUUGAAUGAGGAGGUGUGUCCAAACUUUUGGCCUGUACUGUAUGUCUGUCAUCAGUAACACUAAACCAGUCGAUUCAAUUUAAACUGUAUAUGUGUGUGUGCGUAUGUUUAUGUUUAUUUAUUUAGGCCUCACUGUUGCUGUAGUCACUCAUCAAUUUAGACAGUGUUUCCUGCUCAAUUCAAAUAACUUAGACUUGCUAAAAUUCACACAAAUGACAAUAAAAUGUAAAUUUUUACAUCCAGAAAUUCAAAUUAAACUCUAUAUAUGUAUGGCACUUUGUGUUCACGAAUGCAGUUCAAAGUAGAUCACAGAGGCUAAAAACAACAAUAAAACCCAACCCUCCUGCCACCCACACAUACACCCAUAAACCCAUAAACCCACACACAUACAGACACACACACACACACACACACACACACACACACACACACACACAAAGUGCACACUGAGAUAUAUUGCUAAAGAGACAUGGCUUGACACUGGGUCUGAAAAUACCCAGGUCAAUUAACUAAAGUUUAUGAGGUUCAUAAGACAGCAGCAGCAUCACAACUGAAAUUAAUACUGAGAGCAGGAGGACUAAUCUGCCCAGCUGUUACUGGGCCAAAUCUGCUGUCAGGUUUCUAAUAUUCUGCUCUGUGGUCUAUUUGCCCAUGGAUAAUAAGAUGAUUAUCACUGGAUUUAGAAACUUAAUAGGAGUUAUAAAAGAAUAUUUCUCAGUGGAUUUGUGGACAAAUUUAAAAAGGAAAUGAGAGAAAAUGAAAUAACUGAGGAAUAAAAGGUAAAUAGAAGCAGAAAGCUUUAAAGCAAAUAAGCACAGUCUAUGCUACUGCACACCAAAACCCCAACGCCUUAGGCCAAUCACUAAUGACUUGUUUUUUGUUGUUCUUCGAUUAUUAGGCACAAAAUCCUCUAGACAUCCCAUCCAAGCCUGAAGAAACACAGCCUCACAGUUUCAACAUCAAGUCUCAACACAGAAUAUUAGAGGAAUAAUAUAUAAUAAAAAUAAUAAAGAGAGGGAACAAAUAUAGAGGCUUAAACAAGAAAGGGACAAGCAGUAACAUAUGGGUGAAAGCAACAGGGUGAGAUACAUAUGUGCCAAACAGCAAUCGCAAAACUAAUGAGGAUGAAGAGAGUUAAACACAAUUAGAAGAAAUAAAAGUUAAAAAAAUGAAAGCAAUGAAAUAAAUAAAAAGGCCAUUCAAAUAAAUAAAAGCAGUUAAAGCAGUAAUAAGAAAGUUAAGGAUAACAUGGGAAUAAGACAGUUGGAAAAAAUUGGAAAACAUCAACAACAUGAUAAAGGACGAUAAAAGUAGUUUUAAGUAUUGAGAAGUGAUUUAAAAGACAGCACUGAUUCUGCAUGCCUGUGCAACAGUUCUCAGUGUAUAUAUAUAUAUAUAUAUAUGUGUGUCUGUGUGUGUGUGUGUGUGUGUGUGUGUGUGUGUGUGUAUAUAUAUUUAUUUAUAUGUGUAUAUAUGUAUAUGUCUUGUCUGAUACUAUUAAGCAAGUAGCAGUCAUGCUUGCAUAAAUCCGCUCUUUCCUCUCUCUCUCUCUCUGUCUCUCUCUCUCUCUCUCUCUCCCUCUCUCUCUCGUCCUCGUCCGUUUUCUCUCUCUUGCCCUCGUACCCAUCGCACUCCCUCCCACUCGUUUGUGUCAGUCGCUCUGUUGUGGCUGCUGCGCUGAGAGAACUCAGCAGUCACCGUUCAGUCCAAGAGCCAAGGGGAGACAGGAGCGGACCGACACCAAGGUGUUAUAAACUGGUGUAAAAUAGCUGUAGCUGAGUGUCUUCUGGGUCAUGUGGCUCCUGGACUGGAUCUUCUCCAUCAAUACAGCUGUGGUGAAGCUGGCCAGCGGUCUCACAUGCAAGUGAGUAGUGGGAGGGUCAUGUGUUUGUAUUUAGAGGAGAGAGACGAAGAAGUCAGACGUCACUCAUGUCUGUAGAGCUUGUUGAAUCUGUGAUAGUUGGAGGUGUGUGCGGCAUAGUAGUGUUUUGAAAGCGUGAGUGUUCACAGAGUUGGGCUGGCUUGUUGAUGGGCUGGUCCAAUGCUGACUGUUGUUGCUCUCUGAGGUGCCUGACUACCUGCUUAUACUCUAUUUUUCAAGCGAGCAAGAACAGUGCUGAUGAUUUCCCCAGGGCAUUUGUGCUGCCAGCCUUUGAAAGAGCUCCCUAAAUUUCUUUGUUAUUUCUACAAGACAAUAUUAUAUUUUUUAUUAUGUAAUUUUUAAAAUUGUAAACCCCUUUUUGCUCUGUGCCUAAGAAAUAAAAAUUUGAACAUGUGCACUCAGGUGACUGAACAAAAAUAGGCAUCAUUCAGCUCUGAACUCUCCAUUGUAUUUUGCUUUUAUCUGCUCCUCUUCCUCUCCCGGCCGUAGCUGCAGCUCAUUACAUAACCUAUCAAAUCUUUUACCAUCUGCAGCCCCACCACGGCUCUGUGUCCCUCUGUUUCUCCCAAAUGCCCUACAUCUUUCCAGGUUAUCCACAGGUUAACUUUUACCAUUCUCCCCCACGAUCCUCUCUGUGACAUAAGUAUAUCAUAAAAUUUGUGUGUCAACUGUGAAAAAGAGAAAGGCUCCUGCAGGCAAUUAAGAUGAAGGAAGACUUGUUUUUAUGACCUAAGAAACCCUGCUGUGGUUUAACUUGUGCUCUACUUCACAAAGCUGUAGUGUCCUCUCCCUCAUUCUACUUACCUCUCUUUUCCUGUCUCAUAACAUAGUUUGCAGUUUCUACGCAGAUGCCAAUUUUACACAUAAAUCAGCGUAACAAGCAUUGAAAUGAGUGUUCAGAGUUUUACAAUGUGAAAGUAAAGUAUUUCUUACAAGUCUAGGGAAAUAAAAAAGCAUGGUUCCUUGCCUGAGGUGCAUCUUUCUGCAGGUGUUUGCAUGCUGCAGCACAUUCAUUUACACUUUGUGUGCAUUGCACCUUCAGUACAGUAACCUAGAGCUGCUGGCUGAUUCUGCUGCCACUGCACUUGGCAUUGAUUUUUUUUUUUUCUGGAGGAAGGGGAGGAGGUUGUUGACAUUUUGGCCAUGCUCCAUCCCAAAGAGCUUUUUUUCCCCCUUCUGUGCCCUUGUUUAUUUUGCCCCAGAGAUCUGAUAGAGCCAGAUGGGUGGAAACAACACAGCCAGGAGAAAGUGGGAGACUCUGACACAGUCUGUCAUGUCAGAUAUGUGUAAAGGAGUGAUGGAGAUGUCAACUGGUUGUGUUUCUGUAUGACUAUUCCAAUCACUUUCUCUUGGGGAAGUGUAGCACAGCUCAAUCUGAAAUGUGCGACUGAGACUGCUCUUUACUGUUAUCAGAGAUACUUUUCCACCAAAGAUAUUUGUAAUGAUGCUUCAGUAAAAGCUCAGGUCUUACUUAUUACAUCAACAACUAUUAUGAAAUGUCACAAGUAGCAGAGCUCUUGGAUUUGUGCACUGUUAUUGAAUGGAGUUGUUAUUUUAUUCAUAAUAAUGUAUGUUUUUAAAUCUGUACGGUUUAAUUAAAAAAAGGUGAUCUGCUUAAACAUACUUUCUCUACAUCCUUUGGCAACAGAAAAGCCUCAUGACAGGUUCAAAAUCACCUGAAAUUAAUGUUAAAAUAUAGUUCUCCAACAUUCCCAGGUGCACUGAAUUGAUGUGCUGUAUGCUCACAGUGUAAGUACAGUGUACUCCUCAGCAUCAGUAAGUAACUAAAUGUCUUUCAUAGCACAUCAGUUAAUGAAAUUCGGUAUCCUCUAUGUUAUGGUGUAGCUAUUUACAGUACAAUUAAAUGUUAUCGGCACCAGAGUUAUGUGAUAGCAUACAAUGUGUCUAAGCCGCCAUCCACAACCUAAGACUGAGCUCUGCUUAAUUGUUACUAUCAUAAACCAAUAAGGCUUUACUAUCUGUAUGUAAACAAGCACAGAAGUAGGACAGUCUCUUGUAACCCCACAAGAAGUUGUGCAGGUUGUGUCUAGUUAAGCUGGCACAAAACCACUUGAUGAGCAAUAUGCAACCAGCACAGCCAUGUGGAUGUUUACCUGCAAUUGGGGACUGAAGGCUAGGCUAGUAAAUUUUGGUAUCGGUAAAUUUUCGGUUUAUCGGCCAGCCCUAGUUUAAAUAGAGUGGUAGUAGUAGUAGUAGUAGUAGUAGUUUAUUUGUCCCAUAGGGAAAUUGAGUUGCAGCAGAUCACACAUUUGGCAUUUCAUCAAGAACAGUACAGAUAACAAUAAAUAAAUAAAAAAAAACUUAUAAUAAAACAGCAUGUAGACAACUUUCACACGUAAUUAACAGUAAAAAUAAGUAACAUCAUUAUAAUCACACAUCCUAAGUCCCAACUUUAACCUGAUUAGACCAGCUGAGCAGGCUAUAGGUGACUAACAAUGGCUAUUUGGUAUUUAGGCAUUUAAUGGCCUGCGGCACAAAGGAAAAUUUGGUUUCAGACAGUACCAUGAUGAAGCUGCCUCAGAUGAAUCCUUAAAGCUGUAUCAAUGCUAGGUAACAGCAUGUAGGCUGGUGGAUGGACUAGUCUGUAACCAUAACCACCUAGCCACGAAAAAUCAGCUGUAUUAUUCCAAAAACUGGUGUCCUCUGCAUCAAUAAAUAACACUGGAGAAAAAUGAAGAGACCAACACUAAAUAUAUUUCCCAUUGGUUUAAAUACUCACAGAUUUGUUUUGGGGAAAAAGUAAGUGAUUUUGUUUUAUUGCGUUCAACAUCUCCCCAAACCUCCAAAUAAAAUACUCUCACCUGUUUUUCAUUUGUAGAAAAUGACCACUGCUCAGAGUAAUAAAUAGAUCAGUAUUUUCAGACCAUGAUGGAUGAAAAAAAAAGGGUGGGUAUGGGUUGAAAUUCAACAGAUGCUGAAAUACAGCAGCUUGGAUGCAGAUAAAGACAGAGUAAAGAAAAAAAAAAGUGUUUGUCUCUUUAUUCUAUUCUAAAGUCUGAAUACUAAGAAACAAUUACAGUUUGAGGUUUUUAUUAUCUUUCUAUUUAAAGUUAAAACAACUAAAAGGUGUUAACAGACCCCAAAUAAAGUGUUUCAGUUGGAUACCAGGAUUAUAAUAGUAUUUUUUUUUCAUUGCACUGGUUCUAGAGGGACUUGGUAUCCGCCAACAAUGAGGGUCACAUUAUUGAAAUAUGCAUUGGAGCAGAUUGAAAACAAACAUCUAAGUUUCGCUGUUGUUAGUGAUCAGAAUAUUGAUAGAAUAAAAGGUCUUCAGGCUCAUUGUUAAGAACAGUAAAAGUCUAAUUGGUUAAAUCUAGCAUUUGAACAUGAAAAGCAGACCCCUGCAGAGGCUGGAGAAUAAAGCGUAAAGGGUCUGAGUGAAAGCAUAAGUAAAACAUUGUUUGAAUGGCAGAAGGCCAGAUGAGGCUGAUGUUGAUAGACAGCAGAGGAGGAGGGAGAGAAAUUGUGUUGUUCUGGUAAGACAGAGGAGGGGAGGGGGGACUGAUGUCGUCUCUCACCUGCAAUGCAGUGCUCGUCUGCAUCACCCAAUCAUCUCCCAGCUGUCAGUGAAGGGGGUGGGGCCAGGGGCUGACGACAGCCAAGGAGAGUUCUCGGUCAGACAGACAGAAAGAGAGAGAGAGUGAGUGAGAGAGAAAAAAUGAGAGAGAGUGAGAGUCAGUGAGUGUGCAGUGGUGCUUUGCACUCAGGGUCUCAGCCUGCAGCAGACCUUCUUCAUUUCUCCUCUUUUUUCUCUUCUUCCUCUCAACUCUUCACUUUUCUUGCAGGCUUACAGUUCCCCUCUAGCCUCUGUCUUUUUCUUUACCCUUCGUCUUUCUGUUUCCCAACCCUUUCCUGCGUAAUCUCUGCUUUGCACUUAUCAGUACCGACUGCUCUCCUCUCGACUUUUUCGCUCUACAUCUCCUUCCCGGCUCUUUUUCUUUCUCGGAUGGAGUGAGACUUUUUUAACACCUGCACACACUCCUCUGUCCUCUCCUUCUUCCAUCACGUCCCAUGGGCAUCCGUGCUUCUUGCAGGUAAGAGCUAAAUGUAUGUGUGUGCAUGAGUGUGGGCAGUUAGAGAGCUUCUUAAGAUGGGUCCAGGUGAUCUGAGAAGAGAAGUCCUUGAGGUAUCCUGGUUUUUGUUCGUGCUGUCAUGCCCUCUCAGAGGGCAUAAAACUGCCCCUGUCCAACUGUCGAUGCACUGCAGUCGGAAGAAAAUUUGCAUGAAAGGCACACUCAUCUGCUGUCCUUUGUCUUUUUUUAUGUGGUUAUUCCCUUUUUGGCAUAUAGUAACUGAAUUCAUGCCUAACAUUUAGGAUGUUUUUUUUUUUUCUGUACUUCUGUAUUUCUGCAUUUGUAUAGUCAAACUCCAUCAUUUGCUCCCACAAUACUGAUUAUGCCCCCUACUUAAUAAAGAAGUCUUCAUUUCAUCAGCUAUAUUUAGAUGGAGCUGCCUUUGGGGGAUCGAGGGUCCUUGUGUUGGUUUUGCAAGCCUGUGCUAUGUUUUUUUUUCUCUCACACUCGCCAGUUUGAAUCAAAUAUAUCAUGUAAACAGUGUGUCAUUGGUGGGCAGCAGAUAAGUGGGAGUCUAGGUGCAAACCGGGAUACAGAAAGCAGCCAAAAUAUUCAAUCGGUAGAAACAGCAGAUUCACAUUUAGACUAAGCUACCUGGCUUUUUUUCUGAUGUGCACUUCAUUUCUACAGCUUUUGUUUCCCAGAUAAACACAACACUACUCUAAACCACUUUUUUAAUGCUUGUUUGGAGUUAUAGUUUCUCCAAAUCUUGUGUGGGUUAUGUUUUUUGAGACGUAGGAGCAGUUGAGUAAAUUGGGAAAAGUCUGAAGCAGAAAGAAUAAGGGAUGGUGUGAGAUAUAUGUAGGUUGUAUACACACAAGUAAACAAAGGUGGUGUGUAGACUGUCAAAGCUCCUGCAAGUAAGUACCAAAGUUACCAGAGCCACAGUCACAGUCGAGGCCAGAGAGAAGCUUGAGACAGAGUAUUUGUCUUAAUAUAACUGAAGCAAAAUAAAGAAACGUGAGUGAGCAUGUUCCAACAACACCUUUUCUGUUGACUACUUGAGAGGAAAGUCACACAGCAGAUGGGCGAGUCUGUAGAAACACCUUCACAAAAUGAAUGAUAGUUAAUAAAAAAAAAAAACCUUAUCACCAGGGGUUUCAGUAAGACGUGUGCAGACCAGUGUUAAUGUGGGAUGUUUAGGUGAUCACAGAAACUGUAGAAGUGUUUGUGCUGAUUUGUUUCAGUGUUAGUCUUUGGUUUCUGACUUCAGCAUCAUUAUCCGAUAUCUUCCCCCUAAGGAGUGCUGACAAACCGUCGAGUUUUGCAGGCGGCUGAGCAUGACACAGCUUUGUAAGCAUGAUUUGCUAAGAUGCCUCUAAAGUGGUCCUUCUGCUCAGAGUUAAGCCAAUGAACUGAUUAUUCAGUCAUGCUAAUCCAAGUGACUUCAACAUUUUUAGGCAGAUCGCAUCAGAACAUCCUCAGUCAUAGCAAGCAGGCCGUUGCCUCGACUUACAACUGACACUUUAGGAUCUACCAUUUAUGAUAUAAACCGUUUUAUUUGAAAUGCCGGAGAAAAUGUCUAAAGCUAGAAGCUGCAGUCUUCUAGCUUGGAAGAUCAUACAGUGUGUGACUCUCUUUAGUUAGCUCCAAAUCCUCCUCAGCAGCAGGAUUAGCUGCUUGAGUCAGUAAUUUGAGCUGCAGCACACAAGAACAAAUGUGAUGGAAGGUUGCUAUCGCUAAAAGACUCUGGAAACAGAGACAGGUUUAGGAUGUGUGUUUAUUUGAGAGGGGAGUAAAAAAAAAAAAGAUUAAAUUGUGAGGGAAACAUCUGUCUUUGUUAAGCAUGCAGAGAGCAGUAUGACGCUGGAAGCUUUUAGCACACUGAUCACCCAGCUCUCUGUGCUGCUAACACACUGCAAGUCUAAAGAGUUAUUAGUUUCUCCUAGGAAUUAGGGCUGGGCGAUAUGGGAAAAAGUUUGUCACAAUAUAUUUUUUUCAUAUCAGUCGAUAUAAAAAAUGAAAUUUAACAGUAGCAUGUCUUUUGCAAUACAAUAAGCUACUGCAUCUGUGAGGACUUUGUGUCUCUUCAACAUUUUGUUAAAACGUGAGGCUAGAGAAAGCGGACUGAAUGGUUUCGGCUGCUUAGGCGCCAUGGGCUCAUUGCUCUGCUCAGGGUUUGUAACCGUUUGCAUUGCGCAUGCUCUGCCCUGUGACACUGCUUCAGGUGGUGAAAAAGAUUUAAGGUAUACCCCAAUUUUGUGAGAACAUGUACUCAACAUAAUUUGCAGUGCACAUUACCCUGCUUCAUGUCCGACCUCAAAAACCCCCAACUCCACACCACCGACAUUAUCGUGCCAGUGUUGUUGACGAUGUCAUCAUCUGUUGAGCCUUCAUCUGCAUUUCUGCUGUAGGUAUCACUCAUUUUCUUCUUUUCUCACUGACUGUGCUGCCGGCUUCACCUGUUAAAAGCGCUAUGGUUGCGUUUAGCUGCAGCCUGCUACUACGAAGUUGUUUGCCACUUGGUUCUAAUUCAACACAUGAUUGGCUCAGUGUAAGAUGGACCCGGAGCAACUCUCCCUUUUCACCGUUUUUUCACACUAUAAGGCGCACUUAAAAUCCUUUUGGCUGGUCAGAGCACUGCAGCUACUGUAGCCUUGCGGAGUUAUUGAAUGAGUGAAAUAAAGUUUGACUUAUCUGACUGUUUUGUUUGGCUUAAUGCGUUUUAUAAUCCGGUGCGCCAUAUUACCCGGUGUGCCUUAUGUAUGAAAAUAGACGCGAAUAGACGCGUUUGUUGAUGUUGUGCCUUAUAAUCAGGUACGCCUUAUAGUGCGAAAAAUACGGUACUGGCUAUUCGUAUAGUCCACCAAAACAUGGCAGAAUGCAGACUAUUGAAAAGCAUAUUGACCAUGUUUUAUAUUGAUAUUGAGGGAAAUUAAUUUUCGAUAUUUAUCAUUGUUGUUUUAUCGCCCAGCCCUACUAGGAUUGAAAAAUGCAAAGAUGAUGUGAUUACACAAUCCUGGGUUGUUUUAAAAACAUUUGCUCAGGUUUGCAGUCUAAUGUAUUUAUUCUGUGAUCUUUGCUCGCACCAACUGUUGCUGCAGAUUUUGGUGGUGUCUUUUUCUUAAAUAUUCUCAAAUUGGACUGACUGACUUACGCUGAGCACCAGCGAGUUUCUGUAGCUGUUUCUGAUCGGUGGAAGGGUACAAAUGUUUUUCACUGUGGGUAAAAAAAAUGUCUCAGCAGUUUGGAUGCAUUGAAUGAGACAGUGCAGACUGUUCUUUCAGAACCAUGGACAGAUCAGAUCAUCUAGAUCCAAGUAAUAAACUUAAUAAACGACAAAACACAAAGUGAUGUUGAUCAUUGAAAGUAAUCCGACUUUGUGUGCAUAGCUUCUUCCUGGUAUGCCGGAGUCACUCACACAGAGUAUGUUGUGAUACCAGUUAACAAUUUGAGUAACUACAGGUUUCCUUGUGAAGGACUGAUGGUGGUUUUCACGCUGCACUGCCACCAUCUGUCGGGGCCUCUUGUUUUGCUUGUUUUGUUUCUGUCUUGAACACUUUUGAGAAUCUUUUCACAGAAACAAACAUGCUCUCUGUUACUCUACGACAGGUUUUCUCUCUCAGAACAACUGAAGGACUUGUUUUAAUAAUUUAUCCCAACACUUCACACAACACAGUGUGCACAUUUAAGCCCCAUUAAAUCACCAUCAGUUAUUCAACAAUACAAUGAAUGUUUAAUGACGUUAGGUCUUGGUUGAAGGAGCCUUGUUGUUUAAUACUGUUUGAUUAAGCACCAUUGCUUCAGAUGUAGUAGGUGGCCCUGAAGAUGGAUAAAUCUUGCAUCUCUUUCCCAUCACCUUGUUAUAUUUGAAUUUUCACUUCUCUAAAGAAAAAGAUCACUAUGAUUUUCUGAAUGGAUGCUCUGAUAUUGAAGUUAAGUUAUUCACGGCUAAUAAUACUUCAAAGCAAAAGGACCACAAGCUAGGCUUAAGCUCAUACAUAUAAGAGGAUUUAUAAAGACAGGUGGAAAAGUUAAUAUUUCAUUACCUGAAUUUCAACUCUCAACUGGAAACACUGCUGCUACUCUUUUUACUCUGUACAAACGUCUUAUCAUUGAAGACAUUUUCGUCUUAGGCGGCUGGUGAACCUUUUUUAAAUAUCUGCAUUCAAAUCAGCUCCUGUUAAGAAUAAUGUGAAGAUGAAGAAUGGUAAAGGAACCUAAACCUACUAAACCUACAAUCAAGAGGAGCGCCUCGAGACACACUGUGAUGACUCUUUUGUUUGAUGUGCUGCAUCAAAUGAAGAGUUUCAUACUGAUGCAAAUGAUGCAAAUGAUCAACAUAUAACCGAUUCAUUCAGAACUCUUUGGAUUUGCAAUCCCCUUUUCCUCUAGCUGUUUUUACUGUUGUUCACCGUCUUUUCAUUGUGAGUGAAAUGAACUGAAAUUAGAUCUUCUCUUCUUGAAAACACUAUCUUAUGAUCCACCAUAGUACGCUCAAGGUGGCAGUAAAGAUCUGAACCCUCUUGAUUAAAAGCUGCUUAGUGAAACUGCUGAAAUGAUUUUGGAUUUCCUCGUGAAGACAGGAGGAAAAGUGAAAACCCCCAACUGGGUUGAAAAAGUCCCAGCUCUGCUGCAGCUCUCAAACCAGGACACUCAUCUGGUCUGAUCCACUUUGGUGCUGCAGUGUGUCCAUGCCCUUCACAGGCGACUGGUGUCUCUGUCCUGGGCUUCCUGAGAGUGCUUUGCAUCGUGCAUGGGUCUGUCAGUGUUUUCCCUCUCCACAAAAACAUUGAUUGUUUCAUGGAAAUGGCUUUUAGUUUUGGCAUGUUAAUGGUCAUGUAGUGGUGACUGAGAGUCUUUUAUCAGUUUAUGAGUACGGUCACACCCUGCGGCACUAAAUGUUUUAUUUUUCUGUUGUGUAUCAUUGGUUUGUCAUACAAUGACAUGUUUUAUUUCACUCUGUGAUGAUGGCUGCCCUCAUCUUUGUCUGCUUAAACCCUUGAUGAAAUGGGGAUUUGUCUUAAUCCACAUUGCUUAUGAGUUGAUAAAUUUUCCUAUCAUGGUUUUGUUAAAAUGCCUUCCAACUCAAAACGCAUUUAUCUCACUGUGACAUUUCCUGUGUCUAUCCCUGAGCUAAUCUGACGUCUCUUAAAGUUAUACCAUUGUCACACUUCCUCCUUUCUGCUUCCUUCCUUGGCUUCUCGGCCCCUGUCUGUCUUUACCAAUUACUUCUUCUCUCCACCACCCAUCUCUCUCUGUCUGUCUUCCUCACUCAGAUCAGAGCCUCAUGGUCGCGGAGGAGGCUCCCAGCCAGGCCAGGCAGACUCUCCGCUCCCGGAGCAGGACGAAGAGAUCCUUGGCUCUGAUGACGAUGAGCAGGAGGAUCCUAAUGACUACUGCAGGGGUAGGAUUUGCUAGAAAUUGGACAAGACAACCCUGGAGUGUUUAUUCAACUUCCACAUGAAUUAACUCUAACAUACUCAAACCCCAAAUGUCUUAAGCUAAACAGCAUUAGUCAUGCGCAUGUAUUUGUCUUUGCACAGGUGGAUAUCACCAUGUCAAGAUUGGAGAUCUGUUCAAUGGGAGAUACCAUGUGAUACGUAAACUGGGUUGGGGGCACUUCUCCACUGUGUGGCUGGCCUGGGACAUUCAGUACGUCGACGUCUGAACUUAACUGUGUGACAUUCAGUCAGUGAUGCACAGAUUUACAGGUUUUGCAAAGCCAUAGCUGCUGUUACGUGCCAGUGAAGCAUGAUUCUUAAUGCUGUGAUCCCUCUAAAAAAGAAGGUUCAGGAUCUUUGACUGUAGCAAAGCAAAUUCUGAGGAUAAAUGCCCUCAAAUAUUUGAUGAUAAUGUGACAAUUAUUUAGGGGGAAAAAAAUCAAAGGCAAUUCCUCCCCUCUCUGUUGAGUUAAUCCACAGUUUUUCUGUAAAUCUCGUUUUUAGGGAGAAGCGUUUUGUGGCCAUGAAGGUUGUGAAGAGCGCUGAACAUUACACAGAGACAGCUCUAGAUGAGAUCAAGCUGCUCAAAUCUGUAAGACACCAUUCUUCAUGACACAUGCUUUCAUAUCCGCUCAAGCUCAAGAUAAGACAGUGCUUGCCUCUGUCAUAACCCUGCUUACGUGUUUUUGGUUGUGUUUUUCUUUGUGUGUAUGUUCCAGGUGAGAAACACAGAUCCCAACGACCCAAACAGAGAGAGAGUGGUGCAGCUUCUAGAUGACUUCAAAAUUUCUGGCAUGAAUGGCACUCGUAUCCUUUGUUCAGAAAAAAAAAAGACUUUUUCUCUAUUUUUUAUUUGUAUUUUUUUAACAUUUUACAGAAUUUCUCAAAUGAACAGCAGCAAUCGUCUUUGAAAUUAUGCAUCCUGACCGGUAUUUGAUAUCGCCAAAUGAAAGUAAAAUUGUAAAUUGUUCCCUGGAGCUGCCUCAGUGAGAGAAGGAAAGGACACAAUGCAGCAGCAGCAGCAACAACAACGACAAAAAUGCUUGGAUUCUUUCCAUUUUCUCUCCACUGCUGUUGCUUUCUCGUUGUGAUGGCUUUGACGUGCUGCUUUCAUUCAUUCUUGGCCAAAUAGCUACUUUAGUGUUGAAUGUCAGAGGGUUAGACUGUGUUGCCCAAGGCAUGACAUUAAUCAAGAUCAUCCUUAUUAUUGUGCUUCAAGGCCACAUUGUGUUCAUGAACACAAAUCUACUACCAUUACUAGUCUGAAUGUAAACAACAUUAACAAGAUACAAUGUACCAGCCAUUUGGCAGUCUCAAGUCACUUUAUUUUACCUCCAAAUUCACACCCACAACUGCUCUUAGUGGUUCAUAUGUAAUUUUUUAAAUGUUUUCCUCGCUGCUGAUUCAGGCACAUUUUGAAGUGUCGCAGUCCCAGACUAUCCACUUCGGUGCUGCAUGUUUUGAAAACAUGCCCAGACUUCCUCGAGUGAAUCAAGUUAACUUUGUGAGCUUUAUUGCCAGACUGUUCACAGUGAUGAGAGUACAUUUUUAGGACUGCCGAGAUGUCCAAGGUAGUUGUGAAAUCCAAGUGGUAUGAGGUGUAAAAAGUCUAAAUGUGUUUAUUUUGUUUCUUUCUGACAGUUUCUGUAAGUGUCAAACUCGACUGCAGUGGAACAAAGGAAUAUUUCUCAAUUGUCAAAGCUGAGACUUUUUUUUUAAGUUUUAUAUCAGCUGUGGAAACAACCUUCGUGUACAUUCCCCCACAGCAAAGAUUCACAGUGACUGUUAAAAGAUGGCAGGUUAAGAUUUUUCAUAAAAAAAUGUCUCACAUGUGUACAAAACAUGUUUGACAAAAGUGAUGAGGGAUGAUGUUUGGUGGACUGGGGGUGUUCAAAUCAACACAAAUAGAAGCAGCUUUGUUUGGUGACAUUGUACUCUCUGAAAUAUUCAAGUCAAUAAGAUGUCGUCUUUUGUUAGUCCUUGACCCUGUCUGCCUGCAGAUGUUUGCAUGGUAUUCGAGGUGCUGGGAUAUCACCUCCUAAAGUGGAUCAUCAAGUCAAAUUAUCAAGGCCUGCCUCUACCCUGUGUCAAAAGCAUCAUACAACAGGUACUUCAAAUGAUUUCUCUUUAAACGUCACUGUUAAUGUGGUACUUACUAUUUACACACUGUGAUUUAUACAGUGGACAAAUAGCAGGGUGGCCUUUGACUUGAAAUUUUCUGCACCACAGGUCCUCCAGGGUUUAGACUACCUCCACACCAAAUGCAAGAUCAUCCACACAGACAUCAAACCCGAGAACAUUCUGCUGACCGUCAACGAGCCCUACAUCAAGAAAAUGGCUGUAGAAGCGACUCAGUGGCAGAAGUCUGGUACUGCUCCUCCCUCAGGCUCUGCAGGUCACUACCUUUCCUUCCCUCAGCACUACGCUCAGCAUCUUGUACUGAUUGAUUGACAUGUUGCUCACAUCAGUUUAGCCCACGCGUUCAGUGUUGUUCUUAAAUGUCCCCAGUUGUUGGUUCACAAUAUAAAUGAGAUGAUAUCAGUAAAUGCUGUGAUUAACACCACCAAAUGAUUUCACUUCAUGUUUUUAACUAAGGAUCGACCAAUAUUCGGCAUGGCAGAUAAUGUUGGCUGAUAUUCAGCAUUUUUACAAUAAUCGGCAUUGGCCUUUUUUCCACAGAUAGCCGAUAAAAUAUGUUUAUUUUAAAAAGCGCUCACUCGGCUCUUACACAGCUGCCUCUCUCUGUCUGAAGUCACCACUCUUGGCUGUGUAAAAAUGUCGCGCCUACAGUCCCCAUUGAUUGGCUACACAGACAGCCAAUCAAUACUCAAGCUUCUAGGUGCAGCUCCACAGUGAGUGAGAGAGAGAGAGAGAGGAGAGUCCUACAUGAAGCAGCGGUAUCCUGUUCCUUUCACUGAUGUGUAUUAACACCGUAGAACUAAAAGCUCGAUAAACAAAAUAAAAGCCGACAUCAACUGUUGUAAUCAUUACAGAAAUAGCAUUUGAUAGCACUGAAGCCAAUACAGAUUAUUUUAGCCUGCUUCCCUGCCAAUGGCAGUCAUUCCAGAGAGGCGAUCUUUACAGUUAAAUAUAAGAUCUUUCAACUUUCAACUUACACUCCCGCAGUUAUAACUAACACCAUGAAACAUGGAGAAAUUAAACAAAAGAAACAUACUAGCAGGUAACACCACCGCCAGUGCUGCUCCCCGGUCUCUGUAAAGCAUAGACUGUAUAUAGAGUGGACACCGUCUGCCUCCUCGCUGGGUGAAGCCACUCCAAGAACAGCACCCUCUGGUGACGGGCUGCAGUAUAGGUCAUAAAUCCCGCCUCUGCCAGCAAAGCUUAUGGGGCUGUGGACAAACUUUAGAAAUUUAUUACACAGAAUAUAAAAUUUUCUCCCCCCCUGCUUGUGCUUCUGUGAAGCUCCGCUUUUAAAAAGUUAUUAGGGGGUUCAUGUUUUCUAUGAUUUGAUACAGCCUAUUGGCGUUCAGGGAUUGCGUAGCUCACCCGGGGGAUACGCUGUUUGAGCUGAGCGUCAUCACAGCGACUCUCGGCGACUCUCCCGCUGAAUGUGCACAACGCUACUGCGCAAUGCUGGUUUCAGGAAAUGAAGAAAAAUCGUGGAAAUACCGAGAGCUUUUUGGCUUCAAAUCCGUAUACAGGCGGGAGGCGGAACCAAGUUGUCCGUAGUAUAUACAGUCUGUGCUGUAAAGUGUACGGAGCUAGCCUGCGCUACUUACAAUUCUUUUCUCAUUUCAAAGUAAAAGCAUGUGUUUCAAAUUAAGACCAAAAUAUACACUUUUACUGCAAAUAAAUAUCAGUUCAAAAAAUCAGUUGGUGGUUUCCUUGAUUACUAACAAUUGGUAUUGGCCCAAAAAAGCUAUUUUUUAAAAUUGUGAUAUUGAGAGGCACAAACCACCCUUAGAUCAGGAAUUUAUACAUUUUCAAGAUCUACAAUCACAUUUACACAUUUUCCAUAUUUUCUAGUACUGCAGCUAUAAUCCCUGUGCGUGUGAUGGUAGCCUUCUGAGAUUUAAGGGGUUUGACUUCGAAGCACGUGAAGGUUUCUGAAAAAAGAGGAGCACUUAGCUUGUGCCAGUAUGAGCCACUUCUGUAUUGGUUAUGGAAAUUACUAUCAAGCUCAAAGGAGUGUGUGACCCCUGCCGCGCUGAGUGCUGCAGCAGAGACGGUCUAUUAGUGCAGCUUGCAUUGGAUCAACCUUAGCACCCUCUCAGAAUACUAAUUAGAGAAGCAAAGCAUAUGCCACACAUGCUGUCUGUUAAUUGAAUCCUCUGAUUUUUUCUGUUUAUUUUUUUUUACAGUGAGCACAGCCCCACAGCCCAAACCAGUAAGUUGUUUUUUAAAAGUAGAUCAAGCCAUGUGAAGACACUGUGCAGAAAUAUUUAGAGUAAAGUUUGACAACAACAGACGAUACAAAUCAACGGUCUUUUCUCUUCCCUUGUUUUAACUAUGAAGAUGGCCAAAAUGUCGAAAAACAAGAAGAAGAAGAUGAAGAAGAAGCAAAAGAAGCAAGCAGAGAUGCUUGAGAAGAGGAUACAGGAGAUAGAGGGAGGGGCAGCACCUGAAGGAGAAGAGGAGGAUGAAGAGGAGACAACGACAACAGAAACGACCGAAGAUACCACGUCAACAGCCACCAUUACGAUGUCGGCCACGCUGCAAGACAUCGCCAGCCAUACGAUUACAGGUGAAAGAUCAGUCUGAUCAUUUAUUGACCGGAAGGACUAUUGAUACCUGCUCAAGACAAAACCUAAAAAGAUCCAGUCUGUCUGAAUAUAGGCCACAGAAUAAUUCGAGUUUAACUGUACAUAAAUACAAGCACAAUGUUGAAGAACAGGUAUGAGGUACAGAUACCAAAUCAGUGUCUCCAAUAUGUCAACUCUAUUUUAGUUUGCCAUGCUACAGUGAAUUUUUCUAGCUUAACUUAUACCUGCUAGCAUAAAAAAGUCCUAUAUAUCUGAAGUGCAAUAAACAGAGUUGAAGAACCUACAGUCUGCUUCUCCACAGACUCACCUCCUGAUGAGCAGCCCCUGCAGAUAACCGAGCUGAAUGAAAAUACAGAAACCGUGGUUGAGGAGAAUAAGAUGGAGGUGAAUUGCAACGGCUGCUCCUCCACACCUGAGAGUGAAACAAGUCCAGAGGAACCAGAGACCAAGCAGUCAACAGAGGAGCAGGAGGACCAACAGAAUGCCAACCAACCUGACACUACUACCACAGAUACCCAGCACACAUUAAGUAACCCAGACGAGCAUCCAACCUGUAACGGUGCACCAGAGAGCCCUGACACCAACCUGCAGCAGCUACCGGAGUCUCUUUGCCCUGAAUCUGUCAGUAUAGAGCUGAAAGAGGGAGACAAGGAGGAGAAGAAGGAGGAGGAGAUGGACACACAAGGGGAGACCAAAAAAGAGGAUGAAGAAGAAGAUGGUAAGUUCAAGAUGAGCUGAAAUCAUGCAGUGUUUCCAACCAAUACCAACGUGUGCUGCCAAAACAUAUCUGCCAACAGUUCUUAAUUUUUCAGUGUUCACGAGUCACACCAGAUUAGUAUUUUAGGUGAUCACUUGUUGCCCUCCUCCUUUUGCUUCUGAUCACAUGCAGCACCUGACACAUGCUCUGCCAAAGCACAGAGAUCGUAGAACUGUCUGUAGUGCGCAUUGUAUCCCUAACGUGUCUGAAUAAAUUUCUUGCCCUCUCAAAUCAAAAUUUAAAAAGUUAAGAGAAGACCUUAAAUUUAGCACCUGACACAUGCUCCGCAGGUGAUCAGAGAAACUCUUUUACUCCUUUUAAUGCAGUUGUUUUGGUGUGAUUGCUUUGGUGCAUUUUUCAUCAGGUGAUACAUUUUUUAAUUUCAUACUCUUGCAACAAUCUGGUUGCCAGCAUAAGGUGAAUGAUAGCAUCUGGGAACAAACAAUCUAGUCUGAACUGGAGUUAGAUUUAGGAUGUACGAUUAGGGGCGUGCGAUCUGAUGAACUUAGAUCGUGAAGAAUUAAAAAGUGAUGAUGAUCUGCCAAAGCACAGAGAUCGUAGAACUGUCUGUAGUGUGCAUUGUAUCCCUAACGUGUCUAAAUAAAUUUCUUGCCCUCUUAAAUCAAAAUUUUAAACGUUAAGAGAGCACAUUUUAAUUUACCCACAGAAUUAAUGUGUUACACGUUAAUAAAGUAACUGCAGUAGCUGAAAAAGCCGCAGAAAAAAGGACAAAAUACAGAAUCCGCUGUCCCUCUGCUCUGCGUGUGAAUUAUCACAGACUCACUCACUCAAACACACCCCUCCCCCUCGGUCCUCAGUAAACAUCCAAUCACUAGCCAGACUAUGGUGCCAGGUUUCAGCACAGAAUGGUAAGAUUAAAAAGAGGCAGCAGAGCUUUGCCAAAUUUGUCUUAGUGACUUGUGAGAUAAUCAAUAAUAAACAAAAACAAGUAAUGUUAAAUAUAACAGUAGAGUGGAGAGGAAAAGAGAGAGGGAUGAGCGGAAUAAGAGAGGAGUGGAGAGUGAGGUGAUUUUUGAGCUGUUUAGUUUUGACCAAAAACAAAAGAACCAGCCGAAAAAGAGAGAAAAAGAAAAUCGUGAUAAAUUCAUGAUCAUGAUUUUACAAAAAAAAAAAAAUCUCUUAUGAAAAUGUUUUCCAUAUUGCCCACCCCUAUGCACAACAAUGCAACUUGCAUUUAAGUCAGAAAAUACAGCUGUUGCAUUUGAAAGAGAAGUAUGGGCUGUACUGGAGUCAUGAACAUGAGGUAGUGAGCUGGCUAUCAGAAAAAAGAUCAUCUAUACAGAUCAUUGCGCCAUACUACAAACAACCUCAACUGAACAGAUACCUACAGGUGUCUCUGGACUGCAUCAUAUUAUAGACCUAUCACUGCAGGACUCCUUUCUAUCAUUCAGGAAUUUUAGAUAUUGGAUGUUAUCCUGGGAAUGUAAUGCUGCCUCUCAGGAGAAGCUACAGCUGUCAUGAGUUCUCUGUGAUUUUACAUGUUCUUUCCUCUCAGAUAUCUUGCUGUAGUUCUUCCCUCUGCUCUUCUCCCUUAAACUCUUCUCCUCUCCUUUCAUUAUCAGGAGCAGCAGGCAGUUUGUUAGUAAACCCCCUGGAGCCUAUCAACGCCGACAAGCUGCAGGUGAAGAUCGCUGACCUUGGAAAUGCCUGCUGGGUGGUGAGUGCACAUCGACUUUUGCAUUUUUUGGUAUUUCAAUGAAGGGAUCCUGCUGGGACCUUGAAAGUUUAGUCCUGUAUUUUUAAAUCAGACAUCUCUUUGAAACCUCCCUUCUGGCUGUGACGCAUCUUUCUCUCUAUUUUCUUUUUUUUUUUACAGCACAAACAUUUCACAGAUGACAUCCAGACCCGGCAGUAUAGAUCUCUAGAGGUGCUGAUGGGAGCCGGCUACAGCACACCAGCAGAUAUCUGGAGCACAGCCUGCAUGGUAAAACAAACACACAGCCACUGUAACUAAGAGUCUCUGUACAGCAUACAUGAAAAUUGUGGAUGUAAAUAAAGAAAUGCUGUCAUUAACACUGUGAAAGUAUUCAAACAACUGAAGUAAAUCUGUCAAGUUUUAUCGUUGAUUUGUGACACCAUGAAACAUUUGCAAAACCCAUCAGAGGGGAUUUCGCUGGCAAACUUUAUCCUUUGGUUGAUCUCCUUUGGUAGAACUGCAGGAUCUGACAUGAAAUAUAUAAAACAUUUUUAAAGUAAAGUCUUUUGUUCUCUAAACUAAACCUCACUGGUUGUACCGGUAUUGUCAUUAAUUAAUCUAAUCCAUAUUACUGAGUGUUUUUUUUUUUUUUUUCUCAGGCUUUUGAGCUGGCUACUGGAGAUUAUCUGUUUGAACCCCACUCUGGAGAAGACUACUCCAGAGAUGAAGGUCAGUCCCUGCUUCCUCCAGGAUAUCUGUACCCAAACAUCAGACUUGAGGCUUUGACUGGGGGGUUCAACUGAAAGAGUGGACACACAUUAGUCUUUUACUACUGAAAGUCCCACGCCAAUCUUUUUUUUUUUUUACUACUUGAAGUGUUCUCAGUGGUCUUUAAAUUGUGAUUAUGAAGUUUUUACCAAAAAUCACGUUACCUGUCAUUUUCAAGGGCUUUUCUUCUGCAGAGCUCCGGUAGAUCAUUAGUAAUUUGCCUCUAAGUCGUGGAUUGAGACAGCGCUGCUCUGCACACUCAUCUACACGAGUUAUAACUAUACAGCCUAACGUUGCCGGUGUAGUAGAAGUAUUUCUGUAUUUCUCCUCUAUAUGCAGAGUGUGGCCUGCAUAGUCGGGCUCUGGGGGCGGAGCUUGGAUUUGUGACAUAGGAAAUCUCACUGUUUCUGAACCUGCCAUUUGGGUCGGUCAGAGAUUCACAACGAUUUGAAUGACGAAAUGCUCAGAAAAUCAAUCUCGCAUUUAGUUUUCUCAUGAUAUGUCCAGUAGCAUCAGAAAAAUGCCAUAUGAACAUAUAAAAAACGAGAAAAACGUGAUUUUCAUUGGAGUGGGUCUUUAAGUGUAUUCAAUGACUGUGCUUUUUUCCUCCCUGUAGAUCACAUAGCGCUGAUCAUAGAGCUGCUGGGUAAAGUCCCUCGGAAGCUGAUCUUGGCGGGCAAAUACUCCAAGGAGUUUUUCACCAAGAAAGGUAAACAGCCCUCCAUCAGCUGCAUGGUGUAGUUUCAUCCAGUUCAGUCUUAUAAUACAUUCUGGUGCUAAAGUAAAUAUUCCAGACUGAGCACCAGGAGGCUCCAGGGAACGGCCAUCUGCUUCAUUUGAGGACAGCACUUUUUAAUUUAAUGAAGCUAUUUACAGUUCACAGCCGUGGUGCAGUAAAUGAAUUGUAAUUUGUUAACUACAACAUUUGUAAACGAGCUUUAAAAAAAUGCAGCUUUAUGUAUCAUUAUUAUUUUAUCUUCAUUAAAACACACCAAUGUAAAAUGAAAUCUAACAUUAUCUACCAGGCGACCUGCGUCACAUCACCAAGCUGAAGCCGUGGGGUUUGUUUGACGUGUUGAUGGAAAAAUACGAGUGGUCCAAAGAUGAGGCGCACAACUUCAGUACCUUCCUGCUUCCCAUGCUGGACCUGGUGCCUGAGAGGAGGGCCACUGCGGCCCAGUGCCUCUCCCAUCCGUGGCUCACGUCCUAGAAGCCAAAAACAUCUCUGCCUCCUCUGUGAAAGCCUCCACUCUUACAUUGUGAAAGGAUAUUUAAGUCUCAAAGAUCCCUGGCUUCAAGACAUCCUGUACACAAACAUUCAUGUCUGCAAGACCCUAAGACUGCAUUGUGCACUGUGCCUGCACCCUUUUGUCAUGGCCCUUAGAGGCUACCUACACACACAUUUUCAUGAACAUAAUACAAAGUUGUUUGGAUUACACUGGUGAUAAGAGGAACUCUUGGGCUCCUUCCUGUAUUUAUGAAUUUAUUUUUACCGGCUGCUUAGGUCUUACUUACUGACUCUUUUGCUUUUCUGCCUCUAGGUCUUUCUCUUAAGUACGAUCAUUUUUUUGUUACACAUACAAGGGAAUUGCACUUUGCUGCAAAUGCAGAAGGCAGGAUGUUGAGCAGGAGUUAAAGAUUGCCAUCAAACCAAUUCAUUUUAAGUGUAGGUCAUGAAUGUGCUAACCUGUCUCUGUUGCUGUUCAAGCGAGAUGAUUUCUGCCUUUUGCUGUCAAAUAUGUGCACACUGCUCAGAAUUGAUAGCUGCAUAAUGCUAAUGGGCAUGAUGAGCGACUAUUAAUGGUUUUAGCACUAUUAGCCUAGCUUAACCUAAAAAUAAAAACCUUUAUACAUUUGUACACAGCCAAACCUCAUGAUUACAAUUUAUAAAUGCCACUUGAAGGGAAAUCACAAAAACCCUGUUCUUCAGAGUCAUAUGUUUUUAAGUUCCAGCAUUUCUUGAUAUCAACUUCAAAAAGCACUUGCCACAAUAAGUUGUGUAAAAAAAACUUGUGCUGAAUUUUGGGAUGCAGCAGGAGAUACCUGUGUGCUGUUUCUUAACUGGGUUGCAUUUUCCCCACUAUUGUCAUUUUCUACUUUUAUCUAAAAUUCCAAAGGAAAGUUCAGUGUACCAAGAGUUUGCCUUUAGUGCCCCUAACCCAUCUAGAGAGAAAACUGUGAGUGUUUUUCUUUACACUUUGAAGAUUCAGGAAGAAUGUUGAAGGUGGUUCCCAUCUGUGUGUGUCUUUGAGCUCUAUUUCACUGCACAUGGUGGUGUAUCUGGAAGUAAUAGAUUGUACUUUAAAGGAAUGCUGUAACAAUGCUUCAGAAUCCCUGAAAAAAAAUCAUUUUGCUUAAUUUUCUACAGUCUCCUCUUCUCCUGUUCAUGUCUCCCCUCUUCAUUUGUCAUUUUCAUAGGCAAUAAGAAUAAAUUUUGUUCAAAACAUUGACACUAUUUUCAUCUUGAGUCACCUCUAGUGUUUCAGUUCCGCACACAUAUGAAUCUGUGCUUAUAAAAAUGAUUUUUGUUAUGUCUAAUAAUGAACCCCUGUUUUUUUCUUUUUUAUAAAGACAAAAAAUACUGUUGGUUAAAAACAUCUUUAUUUACACAUCUUAUUUCAAAAACAUCAGGAACAAACUGCUCUGUAUUGAUUCUUUCUAAUAACUGUCAUCACUGGCAGUUCAUUCACUCUUUUCGGUCCAAAAUGCAGAUGCAGUUAUCUAAUCAAGGACUCUUGAGUUUGAGAUGGCAGUUCAAAGCAGCUCUAUGUGUUUUAAAGUCUGCUGAAGCAUUACAAUCUCCGAGAGACUGAAUGAGCCUCUUUUGGAAGGUUAUUUUUAGAUUGCAAUUAACCAGCUCGAAGUAUUUGAAGCACCUAAGUCAGUGGUAUUCCUGGUGAGGUCUUGUCAGUUCAGUCCUCUCCUAUCCACAGGGAGCCUAAGCGUUAUCUGUAGGAAUAGGAAAAAAUAAACAAGUAUAAUUAUUAGUUAAGAGCAUCUUUUCUACAAAAGUCUGUGGUGCUUUGUUGUCUGCAAACAUACACGCAGUGAAAGAAUGAUGUUGUAUAGAGGUAAUGCUUAUUUUGGCAUUUGGUGCAACUGUUAGUAUUGGAAAAAUCUAAUUAUUGGCUUGGUGCAAAGGUCAUGGGUAAUUGUAUGAAAUGUCAUAGCCCGGCUGCUCAAAAGGUUUCACUUGAAUGGGAAUGAACCAUAUUUGGAAAACCCCUUUUUUUCACUAGGAUCAGCUAAUUCAUUUUACUCUUAUCCUGUAAUUUCAAAGGUAACCUAAGCUAGAUGCAGACUUGAUAAGAUGAUGUAAUUCAAAUGACCAAUGCUCUUAAUGGGAUUUAUUGUACAAACUCUGUCCUAAUGGGGUGCCAAGAGUAGCUUUCAAAUGAGUAUUUAUUUUUCAAACAGUUUUUGCUGAAGUUUUGUAUUUCAUCACAACCUUUAAGUCUCCCUUAUCUACUAUCUCAUCAAAGUUUUAAGAAAGGGUCCCAAGUAUCCUUAUUAUUAUAAAAAUAGUUGUUUUGUUGGACAUGCUUCUGAUAUUUAUUACUAUUUGUUCAUGAACCAUCCUACUUUAAAGUUUCAUACAAUCAAGACAAGUUUUGUUAUGUAUGAAUAUGUAAAUGAGGCAAUAUCUAAUUAAAUAUGCACUAAUUUGUUACUGGGUUAGGGUUAAAAUCACAUAAAUUUUGACAUUUUUCCUAUUUUUUUGUACCAAUUGACUCCCAAUGGUCUGACACAUGUUUCUUAAAAGGUCCUGGACAGUAAUUUUAACCCCAACCCUUAACCCUAACCAAAAUACUACAACAUUAGCCCAACGUAACCCUAACACUUGAAAAAAAUUGACAUUUUUCCUACUUUUUUUAUAUCAAUUGACCCCAAAUGGUCAGAAACGUGCUCCUUGAAAGGUCCUGGACAGUGAUUUUAACCCUAACCCAAUAACAAAUGGGUGUAUAUUUUAUUAGAUAUUGCUUCAUUUACAUAUGCAUACAUAACAUUCGACAAAACUUGUAAUACAAAAAAUAUUUUUCUUGAUCUAAGUUAUAAACUUGGAAAGUUUCAUGGUGAUAUCUAUUAGAGAAAAAAUUUACCUUAUUCACCUGGGGUGUCUCCCCUGGGCUUCCUACCCAUCAUGAACGCCAUCUUGAAAAUGACACCUUUCUAGUGGUCAAACUUUGGUAAACUUUUAGUAUGUUAUUAAGAACAUCUAAAACUAUAAAAAACUGCAUAGAAACCUUUUGUUAGAAUUUUUUUUAGGGUUAGGUGUUUUUUUUUAUAUAUAUAUAUGCACCCGCCUAUCUUGAGAGCAAGAAUGAAUGGCUAUCCAUAUUUCAUCUUAAAUAACAAAUAUUGAUCCAAUUGUGGAACAACUGGGGGGUAAGGAUAACAAAAUAGAUUCCUCCCCUGGAAGCCAUGAAUAUCUGUAAAAUAUAAUUAUUUCUUGAAAGUUCAUUCAGUAUUUGUCUUGAUAGUUCAGUCUGGAUCAAAGUGGUGGACUGAAUCUUUUUAUUUUCUCCAGUUAAUCCUUUUAUUUAUUUAUUUUCAGAUUUUUCUCCUCCCAUCCCACCCUAUCAUUUUUUCCCUCCUUCCUUCCCUCUCUUACCUUUCCCCUCCACCUGGAAGUCCUCAGGUAGCAGCUUGUCUUGCCGGCUGCCCAGACUGAAGGCCAGGAAGGAAAGGAUAAGUGAGUCCAUGAUGCUGAUGAUGGCCAGGAUGUAGGCCCAGCGCACUGUGCAGUUGCCCAGGGUGUAUUUGUCAGUCCGCUGGCCGCACAUGCGCUUCACCUCGUCUGAGUCCCACCCGUCAGGGUAAAUCAUACAGCCGAUCACCAUGCAAGUACCUGACAGAGGGGAAGGGGCUGACUGAGAAUUUCAACAUGGACAAUCUGUGAACUUCAUAGAUACGUGCUUUUUAUACAAUGACAGCUGAGGUAAUAUUAAAAAGUGCUUUGCUGCUCUUGUGGUGCAAUAUCACAGGCCAGUUCCCUCGCCUUUGCAACUGCAACAAUAAACAACGAGAUGGAGAAGUCACAAGAGAAAUCUAACACAUCCUUUCUGCUUUUCAGGUACACACACACACACACACACACGCGCUCAAGGGUUGCUUAGCAACAGCAGAGCAUCCAGAAAGAUUAACUUAUUCAUGCAUUAUUGAUUUUAGACAGAAAGCUUCAUCAGCAUGUGAAGACCUCUGAACUAUCAGGUGACCAGAAGAAACAUAAGCUUACAGGCUAAGUCACCCACUUUCACUUUCUAUGCCUUUAUAACCUGCUAACCUUUAUAUCGUUCUCACUUUCGAGUUGCUUCAUUCUUCAAAGAGAUUUUUAAACUCCAGCUUCUCUUAAUUGCACACCAGGCACUUAAAUGUGACAUCGCCCAAAAAUAGGACUAUAUUAUCAACCCUUCAAAGCUAACAUCAACUUUAUUUAACUGAGACAGAGUAUUUUAACAAAGUGGAGUAUUCCCUCUUUAAAAAAGGGUUUUGUUGCUGUAAAGACCUACAUUAAAGGGUCCUUUUGAGCUCAGUACUAAACUUGGUGUUGUCGUAAAAAGGGACACAAUGGUAAUUAAAAGCUUAACAUCUGAUACCAGGUCUCAGGACUCUUGGAAAUACAGAUUAAACAUGUGAGGCAAAGUAGAGCAUUUUGGUGUAACAUUUGUAGACGGACAAAGACAUCUGUAUGGGCCCAAGUUCAAGGAUGACUUUCAGUGCCAGUGUUUUCAUACCAGCAUAUCACUUUCCUUUCACACACAAAUGAAACCUGAAUCUGUUUUGAAACCUGAAGCUGCUUCAGAACAGAUGUAGCUGCCAGUGAAAGGAUGACGGUGUGCCGUUACACUUUCUCCCCUCAUUCCUCAUGCCCCUAACACCUUCAGCCAGUGUGUGUGCUUAAAUUAAUAGUAGGUGUCAUUUUGUAUUACACACAUACAGUCAUUGCAGGGCAUUGCAUCCAUCUCAGAUGACUUUUUUUUUUAAUAAGGAAACUUGAUUGUUUUACUAACAGAUUUCCACAUAGGAUUAAAAGCUGAUCUGACUGGUUUUACCAUUUCAAAACUUACAUUUGUUAGAGGCAGGAUUUGGCAUUGUGAUAAAGGUUAGGUGUGGUGUAUGAUUGCCCCUACAUUAAGUUAUAUAUGAUGGGUAUACAUACAUGAUAAUAAGAUAUAGCAUAUCCUGACAUCUACCUUUAACUUGGGAAAAUUUAGUUCAUAUUAAUCUGUUUUGUAGGUAGUCUAUUUUGAAAUUGCUUUAUGGAGUAUAUGUUAAAGAUUCGUAAAAUACGUAAAACUGUAGGAUUAAGAUAAAAUAAGAUAAGAACUUUAUUAAUCCCCGAAGGGAAAUUCAAUUGUCUGUUGUCUCACAUAAUAAUAAUCACUUGCACAGCAACAAACUUGUGUCACCCUGAAGCUCACAAGAGGCCAGCUGCAUCCAGGCGCAGAUCUUGUAGACACUGCCAGCGUUGCAGAAAAAGAAGAGGCUGAAGCAGACGAUGCUGCCCACCACCAGCAACAUGGAGAUCCCGACGAAGAACAUAGCCGUCUUGAAAGCCCCUGAUGGGAUGGAGCCGAAGUCCAGGGCACUACCUUUGCAGGUGAGCUCUGAAGUGAGUGCGUUCCCGAUGCAGUAAUGAAAGAGGCCGAAGUAUCCAGCCUGCGGGGUAUGUACACUGUCCCCGAUCCAGUAGGGCUGGAUGAAGACCACCACAGUAAUGACAGCAAAUGUGAUGGUGAAAACCUGCCACAGCACACCCACAGCCCGGGCGUUACGCACAUAGUUGGUGUGGUAGAUUUUGGCAGCCUCCUGAGCCGGGAGCAUGGUGGGAGAGAGCCUCUAAAAUUAUCAGCAGGAUAAAAAAAAAAAAAAAACUUCUUUUCGAUUCUUUCAUAAGCAGGUAACAGCUUUAAAUUUCCUGGUCCAAAACGUCUGCUGACAAAGAGCAAAUUAUCCUAAAUUUCUUAAUCCAAAACUGAAGUCAUAUUUUUCUUCCUCCAACCCUAACCUGUCCUGUCUGGUUAUUUCUGCCCUCUGGAUCAGCAGGCAGUGUUUCCUCUCAGGGGAGGCUGAGGUCUCCACAUUAUAAAUGAUUAAUGGUCAAAAGAGCCAAAACGCCACCAGCAUCUUCAGGUGGCAGGCUUGCUUUCCUCUUUUCACUUUCAAGUCUGAUCACUUUCAUUAUAUUUCAGGAUGUUCUCUAUCCUCUCAUGUCUCAGAGAGAACAGCAUUAAUAUAGCAACAAUGACAGCCCAGACCUUCGGGGUUUAAGCCCAAUGUAAAUAAAUUACAAAGUGAAAUUAAUGGUACAUAUUUUCCAAAAUGACUUAAGACUUUGAGAUAACAUUGACAGAGUUUUAGAUUCCCCUCACCACCAACAGAUUUCAUCAAACAGGUCUGAUGUGCCACAAUUCCAUGUGCUUUAUACCUGUCGCAAAUAUCCUCCUGUCACUUUGGAUCCAGUCACUUUCUCCUGCCUGCAGACUAGAGCUUAACCCUUCCUCCACAAGAACCCACCACCUGACCUCACUUGUUUCUAAGUAGUGUGGUCAGCCUUGCACCAUCCAUUCAUCCAUUUUCUACCACUCAUUCCUGUUUCCGGGGACACAGGGGGGCUGGAGCCUAUCCCAGCAUCCUCAGGCAAAGGCAGGGGACACCCUGGACAAGUCACCAGGUCAUCGCAGGGCUGACAUAUAGAGACGAACAACCAUCCACACUCACACGUACGGGCAAUUUGAAAGUGUCCAAUUAACCUCACCCCACUUCUUGAGGUACUCAAUUUGAAGAGGAAACUUGAGUACCUGGAGUAAACUCACGCAGACACAGGGAGAACAUGCAAACUCACAGAAAUGCCCUGACCCGGAUUUGAACCUAGGAUCUUCUUGCUGUGAGGCGACAGUGCUAACCACUACAUCACUAUGCCGCCCCAGCCUUGCACCAACAUGACAAAUUUACGAAUUUCCUCUUUUUUUUUUUUGGUAAAUAUGCUUUAAUGUAAUACUGCCCCUUUGGACAUCAAAGUUCUUGUAUUGUAAUGUAUUUUUGCGUACAAUAACAUAGUUUAAAUGACAUUUUCCACUGUAUUGCUAAUUUGUGCACAUGUACAUUAAACCUAGGCCUCUCAUUGCAGAGUAAAUAAUACUGUUCUAUGUGGCUCAAGAUUUGCUUGCAUUUACUGAAACUGAAUCAAUGACUUAAGUCUGCUUUGUGGAGCAUGAACCUGAGCCUUAGAGAAUGUAGACGCUCUCUCUAGGACUGACUCACGUUCUUGCAUGUGCUACAGAUUAACACUAGAUGGAGCUACUGAGCUGCUACAUCAGAUACACCAACUUAUCUCAGUUAACUUCACUUGUCUGUAGUUUUAUUUAAAUGAGAAAAAAUCUUCAGGCUUAAAGAAGUUGUGGUGAUCUCUUACUGAUUUCAUUCUGGUUGUUUUCCAGCAACAAACUGAACCUCUUUCUAUCUCUGUUAUCAAAGUGUUUACACAUUAUUGGAUUAUUAGUGCUGCUGAUUCAUGUGUUAGCAUUCUCUUGCAGCUGGCUGUGGGCGAAUCAUAUCUGUAAUGUUAUGAGUUAUGUCUUUGAAGGUGAGAUUUUGAUCUGCUUUACUGCUCAAAUAAACGUAGAUAACAAAACACGGUUUAUACCCUUUGAGGUUCAGUGGCCUGUAAACCCAUAAACUAGUGUAUCAUAGUUUUGGUUUCCUUCUCUUCUGUUGCUGUAGAUAACCUUAAUUUUCAUUCAGUGUGGGUCUGGUGUCCUCUUUAUGAGCUUCAGCAGCAGUUAUUAAAAACAGCACAUUAUCUCUCAUGCACCACACUUAUCUCAGCAACAUUAAAUGAUAAUAUUACAGAAAGUGCUGUGUGAUUUGCAUGUUUAUGGGACUGUGUUUCAGUCACGUACAUAUGCUGCUGUUAAACUUGCAACAAAAGCUAAGUUGCAGAACAAAAUCCAUGUAAAUACAAUACAAUCAAUGAAUUAAUGUGCUGCAGGUCCUACAGCAUUUAAAAAUGUGUUUACAGUGCUGGCCCUCAUGCUAAUUUGUUGUUGCAAAGCGUGGAUACGUGGCUUUAAAGAGGCCCAUUCUCAUGCUUAAUGCAGAAAUACUUGACCUUUCAGAAGCUUUAAGAUCCUAACAGACCAACCAUUUAACACACACUGCUCUGAGCUGUCUGCAGAAAGCUUUCUUAGGAUCUGAUUUUUAGUCUGGAGGUCAGACUGUUCCCUGAGACAUACCUGUUUUUUUUAUUAAAUCUUUGUUUGGCCUUGUCUAGUUUUUUUUUUUUUUUAAAAACUGUUGUUCUGGUGCGUGUAAUUGGUUGCUUUAUAGAUCUGCUGUAGUGUGUGUGCAUGUAUCUAUGUGUCGUUGUGUGUCUAUAAGUGUGGGCGGCGGCAUGUCCAUGCACUUAGCUUUAUUAAGUGAUACCGCCCCAGAGUGAGAGGGAGGCUGGUUAUAAUCAAGUUAUUUAUGAGAAGCAAUCCAAUUUUCCUCACAGAGAAUGGAGUGAUAUUUCGCAUGUGUGUGUGUGUGUUUGUUUAUGAUAGAGUGUGAUAGUGUUUGUGAAAAGCCGAUGAAUUAGGACAAAGGUUGGAAGUUUAUACUCUGCUUGUGCAUGGGGGGGUUCUUUAUAGGAGGUGUUUCGCUGUGUUUGUGUGUGGGAAUGCCUAACUUACAUGUAAAUACUGAAAAUGCAUCACUUUGUCAAACAUAUUAGUCACAGCUUAAGGAGUAGGUACAUUAUGAAAAUAAACUCUUUGGCUGAGAUUAGUAUGUUCACAUACUGUGUAUCAGUUUUAACCUCACUUUAGGUUUUUUCUACUCUGAGAGCCUCUCAGGGCACAAAGAAGCUUUUCUGCCAUUUCAGCAUCUCUUCCUGUCUUUUUUUGUCUGCCUCCUUUAGAGGCUGUUUCCAUAGAAACGGGGCAGCAGAUGAGACGGCUAGGUGACGGGGUAAUCACACCAAAAUAGAGACAUUAAGGAAUAAGCCAAUUACCCAAAUUUCAUGCCAGUAUGUUGGUAAUAUGAGUCAGUGAAAACUCGCAUGCAGGCUCACUUGGAUUGAACCAUUCAAAUCAAACUUUUUUUUAAAGCAGACGACCUUAAUGAAGAUGUAAAGAACGGCUUUUUUCUUCCCUAAAUUAAAACAUUUAAAAAGAGAAAUUGUUCAUUUUCACACUGCCAAAUUGAAAUGGGCAAUAUAAAUAAUAAGAAUAAUGUGUGCAUGUAUAAAAACAGAUAAGAAACAUUUGAAUAUUGAAAGUAGAGGACAGGGGUUAGGGUGAGGGGAUCACCUUUCACAGAUGGCCUCAAUUAGGCUUUUGGAAGUGUGUGAAUAAAUGCAUGCGAUGGGGUUGGGGCCGGGGGCUGAGGAACAAGUAUGCCUUGUUAUCCCCCAUCUCCUUCAUCUCACUCACAUAUGCGCACACACACACACACACACACACACACACACACACACACACACACACACACACACACACACACACACACACACAAACACACACAAACACAGUCUGAAACUCAUGUCCUGUGAUGGAGCAGUAAAUCAGUCAGAGUGUCACUACCUCUCUGAAACACCCUGAGGCUACAGCAGCAACGACGAGCCACCAGCCUCCAACCUCCGUCCCAGCCUCUGCACGGUCACAGCUCAGCAGGAUGCAUCAGAGCCCGGGUAGAGACGGAGCAAAGUGUGGGUCAGCCUGUGCCCCCGGGGUGAAAGCUGGAAUGUAGGUCUGCUAAAGAGGGGAUCAUGAUCAUUUCUGCAUUACUGAUAACUCACUGCAAUUCUGUCCUUUUGUGACUGAUGAUUUGUAGAUUGAUAAAUAAACAAUAUACACACUCACAGACUCACUUGGUCCUUUAGUACAGUUUAUUUCCUUCCCUAAAUAUUAAACUUCUGAGGCAUAGAGGGAUGAUCAUCUGGAAGAUAUAUCAAUGCAAAGACUCUUAAUCUUCUCAAAUUGCAGUAAAACUUAUCGAUACAGUGAGAAACUUUUGGUUCAUGUCAAUUUUGGCACAAAGAAGUCUUUGCUUUUCUUGUGCUGUACAUGCUUGGGUAAUGAUUUUUGACAUUUAACCUCAUUCUGCUGAUUUGUUACAGACAAAUGUGUCGUCCAUUGUAAUUUUUUAAAACAAGGCUAUUUCUUCAGCUACCCCGCUGACACCUACCCCCUCCCAUCAAGCAACUAAAUAUUAGGACAUAAAAAUCUUCAAUAUUGUCACUGAUGUUUUUUUUUUAAUUAUGAAAAGACAUCAAUAUUAUUUUUUAUUCUAUUUUAUAAACAUAAAAAAAUCCUCAAAGGAGCUUUAAAUAUUUAUUUUUCAUUGUGUCAAUUUUUGACUUUAGUAUUUUAGUUGUAGUAAAGAAUCGUUAAUAUAUUUUCUACAGACCCUGUUCCAUAAAAGUUGGAAUGCUGUGUAAAAAUGUGUAAAAUGUUGAGUAAGCAUAAUCUGGAGGUUGGAAAAGUAUUUAAACCCCAAAUUAGAUUGAAAAUAGGGCAACAGCAACAAAUCAAGUGUUGAAAUAUGUUACCUUUUUUGUAACUUGAGAAACAUUUGAAAACAUGGGUAGGUUAUCCACAGGAGCACUGAUUCCACUCCUUUUAUGUCAAUGAGGGAGGUAAAAUUCAAUAUCAACACAAGACCUACACUACAUCAGUGCAAAAACUUGGUUAGGCCAAGAGACGCUGUACAAUAUAAGCAAGGAAGCCCAGCUCUAGGACUGAUGGACAAAGCGGCAUCCUAUAGGGAGUCGAGUAAUGCCAAGAACUGGCAAGGACCAGUUUUAUCCCGCUAUGGCUGACACAUAAAUCCAAGCCUCAUAAGUAGCUCAUAUGUCACACACAUGCACACAUAAAACAUAUACCACCAACCGUCUGCGCCAUCACUCAGCAGCCACAGCCAUGUAUUCCUAUAGCGUAGGAAAUGGAUUGAAACAACUGUACAUAAUUCAACUCUCUGAUGUUUCAUUUCUGUGUUGCACCCCUCUCUAUGUUAAACGGUGAGUCUUUAAAUAUGUGUCGGCUUAAUCCUGGCCAAUUCAAACACUUUUGUUACGGUAAAGAAUGGAGGAUUACUUUAUGGAGCUUCAAAGCUGAAUAUAGAAAACGCUUGUGAGGGAUUAUGGACACAUCAAAGAAUGAGGAUGGAGAAUACAUUAGAUUGCAGUCUCAUCUUCAAUCUCCACUUUUUCACUAAAAUGAGCUGCCCAAUGCAUAGUGAUGAACAUCCACCGGUAUUAAGUACAUCUCACUUUCUGCUUGAUGUAAAGGUCCGUUUGCGAAUUUGUAGUGAAAUCGUGGCAGCACGCCGUGUUUCACAGAGGAUUAUAUUUGUUUCCUCAUAUUAUUAGUUGCUCUAACACUAUUUUCCACUGUGUAUGGCAGUACAAUAUGUCUCAUAUCAAAAUUAAAUAACGGUAUUUGAAAAAUAGCUACAGACGGAUCAUGGUGAAUUAAAGUCAUGAGUCAUUUUCUGUUUUCUCUUUUUAGGUCAGGAUAUAAUCACAUCUUGAAGGAACAGAUGAGAAGAGGGACCAUAAAGUAUGAUUCAUGAAGCGUGUGUUUGUGUUAGCGUGUGUGUGUUGGAGAAAAAAAAAGCCAAAUCCAAGCAGCAGAAUUAAUUUCUGACUUCACCAUGACUGACGGAAGAGCCUGAGGGCAGCUGAAGUGAUUGUAUUUGAACUGCUCUUACGUAAUUAGGCUGCUUUUUUGACUACAUGCAGCCCUAAAUAGAUAGAUAAAACUAUUGCAAUAUUAAGAUAUUUUAAAGGUCUUAAAACCCACACAGUAUGAUUAUGAAAUGUGCCUUUCACAUUUAAAUUCUCUAAGGAGGAGGUAGCAUACAGGGAAAGAACACAGAGAGGAUUAAAAAGUGUAAACAGGCCUGGAGAGGAAUGAAAAGGACUUAACACAUGCUUAGGAAAACAGUGCUGCCUCAUUAUGUAACUGUGUGAGUUUGUUUUUAAGGCCACAUAAAAGGUUAGCGUGUGUUUGGGUGUGCACCGCUUCUGUUUGUGUGUUUUGUUGUCCUACUUGGGGAAGCUGGUGGCUGGUUCCCAACAGAUCUAGCAGGAUUGUGGCUUUAUCCUCAUAUUUGGAUGUUAAUCUUGUGUAGACUUCAGUGCUGCUGCCGGGGAACACAGUCUAUGGCACUGACAUCACCACCUGGCCCUCAGGACACCAACACAUGCACACAAACACACAUGGUUCAAAUCAUAAGCUCCUCUGUGCACGUAGAAUGGGUUUAUAGUUCAUGCAGCGGGUGGCGGACUAUGAUUCAUUACAUAAAAGUGAUUGUCUGCAGUGGGCAGGGACUAUUUUCUUCAUUCAGUGCAGUAUUACUUUUGCUAACAUUACACAGGUGAUAGUGUCUGAUAAGGUCACAGAAAAUAUCCAAAAAGCUACACGCACGAAUAUUCAUAUGUUACUGGAGAGUGAACUGGUUUGAACUAGAGUUUAAAGGGAUAUUCCGGCGUAAAAUUUAAUUUAGGGUCAAACACACCAUAACACCAAGUUAGACACCCUCUCAAGAGAUGAAUGUUGCCGACUGCUUGCUUCUCUAGUUAUAUCUACUUUAGUAAUGACCACACGAUAGCAAUACACAGCGGUCUGAAGAGCCAUCAACAAACCUCAACCAAAAA